AUGGGCAAAGCCAAAAAACUUAUCAUUGAGCCUGGAAAAUUCGUCAGAAUCAAAUCAGGAGACUACAAAGGAGAUAUAGCCCAAAUUGUAAUGGUCGAAGAGCACAGAGACCGCGCACAAGUAAGAAUGGUCCCAUGUCUUGAAAAAACCAGCAACCACAAAGUGCAGCCUUCAGCCAAACUUUUUAACCCAAAAGACUACCCUGAGUGUGAAACCAAAAGAGACGUCAUGUCCCGAUACAUUUUUUUCUUAUAG